UGCUGAUUGGUGGGGCCACACCCCCCCCAAGAUGCGCCCGCUGAUUGGCGGAGACGCGCAGCUGCGGCGCCGCCAUGCGGGAGGGCGGGGAGGAGCAGGCGCCGCUGCUGAGCCGGGCGGAGGCGCUGGGCCUGGGCCGGGACCGGAGCGGGGCUGGGGCAGCGGUACCGGGGCCGGGAACGGGCUGGCGCCACGCCUGCCAUGUGCUGCUGCACGCGCCGCUGCCCGCCGGGGCACCGCCGCCGGGACAUGCCGUGCUGGUGCGUACGGGGGCGGCGGAGCGGAGCGAAGCAGGCCCGGGGGGGGCGUUUCCCCGCCGCUGAAAACUUCCGCGGCCCCGCAGAUGCAGCUGCGGUUCGACGGGCGGUUCGGGUUCCCGGGGGGGCUGGCGGAGCCCGGGGAGCCGCUUGAGGCGGCGCUGGAGCGGGAGCUGCGGGAGGAGCUGGGCCCGGCGGCGGCCGCGCUGCGGCUGCGGCCGCGGCACCACCGCGGGGCGCGCGCGUGGCCGCGGGGCGGGGCCGGAAGUGACGGAGGGCUCGUGACGCACCUGUACGUGCGGCGGCUGCGAUUGGACGAGCUGGAGGCGCUCGAGAGGGGCGGGGCCAGAGCGCCCGAGCACGGGCUGGAGGUGCAGGGGCUGGUGCGGGUCCCCCUCGGGGUGGGGCUGCCGGCGUUCCUGCAGAACCGAUUCGCCGGCGAUGCUCGGGAGCAGCUCCUGGGGGCCCUCCCGGCCCUCGGUGUCCAGCCCCCCCCAGCCCGGGACCCCACGGGGGCCCCCCCAGAGCCAAGGGAGCCCCUCACCCCAACACCGGCGGCAGGUGAGGAGGGGAAUGAGCCAGUGGAGUAAAAUCACCCUGAAAUCCGCCCUCCCCCCUGAGCUCAUCCCCUGGGGGGUUGGGGUUCAAGGGAGGUCUCUGUGAAACUGUUAAAACUUUAUUAUAAUAUAUUUUUAGAUAUAAAAAAGAAAAUUUUACAAGUUUUUAACCCAAAAUGUACAAAAAUGGUCAGGAAA